AUGUCUUCCAGUCAAAACUUAAAGGCAAAGGCGAAGAAGGGUGGAAUUGUUCACCCGAAUGAACGUUAUGAAUCUAAACGGGCCGCACCGAGCAGCAGCACGAGCAGUACAGCUGGACCUAGCCAGGCUAUAGUGCCAUAUGCAACAGCAUCACAAUCCACGCAGAACGAUACAAUGCUUGUUCCAAAAGGUUACACAGUGAAACCUAUAGUUCCAGCCAAAGAGGCAGAGCUUAUCGCUGUUGCAAAAGCAAUGCACAGAGACGAAUUUGGGACACGGGUGAAAGAACUAUUUGAUCCAGAGAGGGAAGCAGCAUUGGAUGCACUUCAAACAGGAAUUUAUAUUGGAUGGCGAUGUCCUGAAUUCAAAUGGGAUUGCAUUCGUGUUGGAGUAAAAUCAAAGUGCUUUUGUGGUCAUCUCCUUGCUGAACAUGAACGAUUUACUGGCACCAGUGUUCGAGUGCCCUGUUCGGUGGCGGGCUGCACGUGCAGGGCUUUUGCCUUCAUUCCUUCCCGUCCUGAAGACGUAGGUGAAUUCUGGCUAAGAAAGCGAAGAAACUUUGACCCAAGGACUUGGAGAGCUAAGUGCCGUUGUAAACAUAACCAUGAAGAACACAACACCACUGCAAGCCACAAAUGCAACAUCGCUGGUUGCCCUUGCUCAGGUUUUGACUCAAAUUUCCUCUGUGCAGCCUGUGAUAAACAUUGGGAACAACAUGAGACAUUCUUUGAGACAGAACAAAACAGAAAAGAUGCUGGGUUCCCUUAUGGUGAAGCUUACUUGCCCUUUGCUGAGAUGCCCAACUUACGAAAUGCAGUGCUGUCAGGGAAUGAGGAGGAUGAUUCAGCCUACCGGAUCAUUACAAGUGGUACUGAUGCCUAUUCACGUCUUGGGCCUUCUUCCAAUUCUGCCAGGCCUGCUUUACCACCAGCUAAAGGAACAGGGGGAAUCUGAACAGUCUGUAAUUACUACCUACAGUUGUCACUGUUUUGAAUAAAAAAAUCACAUAAACAUUU